AUGGCCUACUUGAUCGACGACAAUGCCAUGCGCAUCUGCGUGCGGCCGCGGCCUUGGCAUCCAACCAAGGAGGCCCCGUAUCUCGCGCAGGACACCGAUCAACCCUUCUUCAUAGGCAACGGCAAUUUUGGGCAGGCCAAGAAGCCCGCGGCCGGAGGCGCCAUCCGCGAGAUCGUUGAGGUCAUUGACAACCGCUCUCUCGACUUUGACCGCAAGCCCGAACGCUGUGCCACUCGCUACGGCGGCUUUAGCGGUAGGCGUCACAAGGACAGGCGCUACGUGUUUGACCAUGUGUUCAAGAUGGCCGCCAGCCAGGAGGAGGUCUACGAGAGGACGGCCAAGCCUCUUCUUGACGGUGUGCUUUCGGGGUUCAACGCGACUGUUUUUGCCUACGGCGCCACUGGGUGUGGCAAAACACACACCAUCAGCGGCAACCAGGAGGACCCCGGCAUCAUCGUCCGGACUAUGAGAGACCUUUACGAGCGCAUCUCAGAAAGCCAGGAUCGUUAUGACACUCACGUCGAGUUGUCAAUGAUCGAACUCUACAACGAGAACAUCCGCGACCUACUCUCGGACACCUUCCCCCACAUGCCCACAGGUGGCCUCAAACUUCUUGAGAACGAGAAGGAUAGGGUGACAAUCGCCGACGUCACCAUCCGGACACCGAAGACGGCCGAUGAAGUGAUGGAGCUAGUCAUGAUCGGCAACGAGCGUCGCAGUACCUCGUUUACUGCGGCAAACUCUGCGUCCUCUCGCUCUCAUGCUGUCCUCCAAAUCAGCAUCGCGCGCAAGAGCCGCAACGCAGACGUUGACGUGGAACGCGAACAGGUCUUGCUCGACACCUCGUUCGCAACCCUGUCCAUUGUCGAUCUCGCAGGAAGCGAGCGUGCCUCUGCGACUCGUAACCUCGGCGACCGCAUGAAGGAAGGAGCACAGAUUAACAAGUCGCUAUUGGCUCUCAGUAGCUGUAUUUCCGCUUUGUGCGACGCCCAGCGCAAGGGCGCGCGUCCACACGUUCCAUACCGCAAUUCUAAACUCACUCGUCUUCUCAAGUUCUCUCUUGGGGGCAAUUGUCGCACGGUCAUGAUCGUUUGCGUGUCUCCAUCAUCCAAGGACAUCGAGGACACGUCGAACACCCUCACGUGGGCAGACCGUGCGAAGCACGUCAAGACGACUGUAACGCGCAACAUCAAUGGCACACACGUCAGCGCGAGGCAAUAUGUCGAGAAGAUCCACCAGCUCAACGAGCGGGUCAAGAUUCUCGAGGCGCAGCUCGAUGUCAAGGACCAGGAGACAAGUAAACUGGUGCAGCUCAAGAUUGAGGACGCAAAGAUACGGAUCAUCGAACAUGUACGAUUCAUCAACGCAACAGUCGACGACCAGUGCGAGGUUGUUCGAGAGGGUGCCGAACACUGGGCAAAAUGGGAUGUCGCCAACCUCGGGAUCGAGAAGAUCGAAAACCGCCGUGACGACCUUGAGGCCGACGAGGACACCCAGGACCUGGCGAAGGAGACAGAAAUGUGCAACUCCAUAAUCGCCCAGUACAAGCACGAGUUCACUGAGUCUCGUCAUCUCCAAGCGAAGGUCAACAAGGGCAAUGACGCGGCCAUGACCCUCAGCAAGCAGAUCGAUGACAUCGAGUCGAAGAUCUUCCCGGACGUCGACCCGGUGUAUGCGCAGAAUCUUCGCCUGGAGAUGGCAGUGGCCCGAGCCAAGAUCAAGCAAGCGAACGCCAAGGGCUGCGAGAUUGGCUACCGUGAACGUUUGGCCAAACACGAGGAUGCUCUCGCCCGGUCCGCCAUCGCCUCAGCCCGUAUUGAGGCGCUGUACGAGAAGCACUCGUCACGUAUCAAGGCUCUGUGCGCGAGAGGGUCUGUUGAACCAUUUGUCAUUCUCCAGGAGAUGGACCUGCUCAAGGCGUUGCAGGCUCCGCUCUUUCGCGAAAUGGGCAACAUUCACCAGCUCAUUCAGCUGUCGGAUGCACCAGCCCCGGCUCCUGUCCCCACUCCGAUCAAGGGUGCGCAACUUCGCCACAACGUAUCACCCAGCGCUAUGGGCUCGCCCAAGGCAAAGCGCCUCUCGCAACGAUUCUCCAUGGAUAAGAAACAUCUCGUCCACAAGCCCGGCUCCCCUCGGCGGUCACUCCCUGGGCGCGGCGCGAUGCGCAGGACAAGCGCUGUGCCAGCGUCCUCUCGGUCCGCCCGGUUUGCCGACGAUGAGGGAGGUGAGCUCGAGGAGAUCCGCCACUUCAAGGCCCGCUCGUCGCAGUCGCCAGUCGUUGGGACGUCCCCAGACGAUGGCGGUGACUGGGAGGAGGUUGUCCCCACCAUCAAGCCUGUGGCGCUACCGGCCCCUCCCAAGGCCAAACCAAGCACCUCGUCCAAGCCCCAUCAGCGUCUGAACAUGUCCCUGCGUGGACCUACGGCCCCGUCAACUGGUUCUCCAACGGGACACCCGCGCUCAAAGCCUCCGCCCAUAGCUCCGUCCGGAUCGUCCCCACUCGCCUCCACGUCGGCCUCGGCGUCCGUGAUGCCGGCGUGGAAGGCGAACCGACUUGCCCUUGGCAAACACGAGAACAGCAAGGACAAGGAGGGAGUCAGCCCCAUCAAGGGUGACACGAGUGUUGUCUCGGUUGCCUCUGAGAUCUCAUUCUCAAAGAUUACGAUACCAAUCGGCUUAGGGCGGCCGCCACGGCCAUCUUCGCGUACGGCCUCCGUGCUCGGAGAGUUGAGACAACUCCCACCAUCACGGCCAACGUCCUCACUGGGCUCGUCAACUCUUCACCUCCCGACAGCUUCCAGCGCUGCGCGCGCGAAUGGAGGGGACAAGUCCCCUAUCGCGUCGACCCAUUCUCCUGCGGUGCCAAGCCCGAGGGGGCCCUCGUCGUCGCGUCGUCUGUCUGAUCGGCACCAGCGAAGAAAGCUCCACCAGGGAGCCGUUCCGUAUCGGCGGAAGCCGAGUCUUAUCCCGUCUCCCAAAGGAUCACCUAGCGGAACGUCUCCCAGAGGCUCCGCCGGUGGCUUCGGGCUAGCCAAGAGCAUUGGGCCAGGGGCUUCGAGCACCCUUGCCGGUGCUAGUUCGAGCGCGGUACCAAGCAUGGGCUCCCCGAUGACACUGGCCAUGAGUGUCGCCGGCACCAGCGGGGCAGGCUUGCGCACUCGUGCGAGUAUGUUCUCGCUCAAUAGCGGUAAUUUGGUCACGAAUGGUGGCAAUGGCAAUGGCAAUGGCAAUGGCAACGGUGCCAAUCCGAAGCCAAUUUGGCGAUAG